AUGGCAGAAUCGGCAGCUCAAGCUCUCCAGCGUCGUCACGACGAGCUCGAGGGUGCUCCGGAUCCAUUCCCACCGAUGUCUGGUCAGAAUGGCAACACGCGUCGUGCUCCCAAGAAAAACACGCCUCUGGACACCGGUGAUGAAGAGGCGUUCCCUUCGCUCGCGUCUGCCGCACCUGCAAAGCCCACUGUCGCCUCUGCCUGGAGUGCUGCUCCUCGUAUUCGCCAGGUUGCUCCUCGUGUCGUCGCACCAGUCUUUUCCGAUUCCUUCGUCCUUGAAAACAUCGAUCUAUCUACGGCUGGAAAGGACGGAAAGUCUACCACCCUCACCGAUGUCCUUAAACGCGUCAUGCAACAGCACAAGAACGUCAAACUCGAAGCCAGCACCCAACGCAAGGACGGCCGAGCCAAGACUUCGUUCGUGAUCAAGGCCGAUUCAGAGGCAGACCUCGAGGCAGCGAAACGCAAGCUUACUGCCGCGUUGAGCCCAAUCGUUACUCGCGUUGUCCAAUCUCCCAUUUCCGCCAUCGGUAGUAUUGUUGGUCAAAAAGGCGCUAAUCUGAAUCAGCUACGAGCCAAAUACGACGUCCGCGUUGACAUUCCUCGCAGGGAUACCAAUCUUGCUCCACCUGCUGGCGCGUCUGGUGCUGCGUCUCCCAUACCCGCCGACGAUGAUGAGGAGCCAACUCAACCAAUCAGUGUCACUGGCCCCUUGAGCUCUGUUGUCGCCGCUAUUGCCGAACUUGAAGCUAUUAUUUCUACCAAAACUGCGCAUAUCACCCAGCGUGUCCGUGAUAUCCCACCCAAGAUUUUCCUAUUCAUUGAAGGUCGCAUAUCCGAGUACGAGAAUGUGGCCAAUUCUGACGGGUCGAGUGUCCUGGUUAACACAACCGUCGAGUCGCGCGAGGUUAGCGUCACGGGCGAUCGCCCGUCGGUCGUCAAAGUCGUCGAAAAAAUCAAGGAAGACAUCGCAGAACUCGAGAACUCGCUUACCUCGAUUUCGAAGCGUGUGCCAAAACCCAAGCAGCGCUUGCUACAAGGCGAUUUUAUACAGACGCUCAUGACGACGACCAAAUGUGCUAUUGAACUUCCUGAUGACCCCGAAAACGAGCAUAUUACCAUCUGGGGCCUUGAAGAUGACCUUCCCAAUGGAUUAAAGGCCAUUAAUGACCAAGGGGGCUCUAAACACACAGAGACUGUCACGAUCCCUACACCUUCUGGUGCUAUUUGCGAAUAUCUCAUCACCACCGCGUACUUUGGAUCUAUUUGGGGACCUAAAUUCCCAGGCGUCGAGGCAUAUCCUGUUCCUCGAGGAAAAGGGCAUGUCAUUGAUUUUGUGGGAGAAAAGAAUGCUGUAGCUCCCGUGGUGAAGGAUUUAAACAAGCUAUUCCAGGAACUUGCUAGUUCCGUUCGUCAGGUUGGGAUAGACUGGCUACUUCACAAGCCCCUUGCUGGCAAGAUUGAGCAUUUCAAGACCGCAAAUCACACCGAGAUUCAUUUCCCUGAAGAAAGUGAAGAAAAAUCAACCGUGCUCCUUGUUUACGAUCUCGGAAAGAAUUCCUCCAAGAAUGAGAAGAAAAAGCACCUCGACGAAGUUGAGCGUGAGCUCAAGAAACUCGUAACUGAGACGGGCAACAUUCGCUCCGAGGAGAUCACCGUAGAUAAGAAAUGGCACCAGGCCAUCAUUGGCAAGAAUGAAUCCAACUUGAACGCCAUUAUUGGCGAAGACAAGACACUCUCGAUCAAAUUCGGUUCCCAGGCCAAGGCGAACGGUGACAAUAGCUUACCCGAAGACACGAUUCUGGUUCGUGGUCCUGGUAGCGAUGUUACUCGUGCCGUAGAAGCGAUCAAGCAGCUCGCUGAAAAGGCGAAAAACGACGAGAUUGAGAGUAGCUACGUCACGGAGUUUGACAUCCCGCGGGAAUAUGCUAGGCAUGUCGUUGGCUCCGGUGGUUCUGGUAUCAACAGGCUUCGAGAACAACUCGAUGUUAAAGUCGACCUGAAUGACGAUGAAGAAAAGGAAGUGGAGGGAAAGAAGAAGACCAAGAAGCCGACAGCCAAAACCCAUGUCAAAAUUACUGGUAGGAAGGCAAACGCCGAUGAGGCCAAGAAACGCAUACUUGCUCAGGUCGAGAGACUGGAGGACGAAACGACAGAGAUCCUCAAGAUUCCGAACAAGUAUCAUUCUGGACUUAUUGGUAGUGCUGGAAAAUACGUCAGUCGUCUGGAAGACAAGUAUGGUGUCAAGAUCAACUUUGGAGGCGAUCGCGAAGACUCUCGUGCUCGUGGUCAGGCCGGAACCCUGGGUCCAGAUGAAGUCAUGGUUAAAGGCGGAAAGAAGGGUGUAGCGAGUGCGAAGAGCGAACUCCUCGAGGCUUACGACUACGAGAAGGAGACCAACCAAACUGUCGAGUUCACCGUCCCUACCCGUGCUGUUGCUCGCAUCCUUGGCCGUGGCGGUUCGCAGAUCAAUGAAAUCAAAGAGGACACCAACACCCAAAUCGACGUUGAAAAAGCCGAUGCAAGCGAUCCUAAAGCGGAGACGUUAAUCACUGUACGAGGCACUAAAUCCGGCAUCGCUGAGGCCAAGAAGCGGAUUUUAGCGAUCUCGAACGAGGUCGGUGAGGAAACCACUGUUGUUAUCAACAUUGAAAACAAGUUCCACCGCGGUUUGAUUGGUGCCGGAGGUCAAGGCCUGAAAGAUCUUAUCGCCAAAGUUGGUGGACCGAGCGACUCGAAGGCACAGGCUGGUCUUAUUCAUUUCCCUCGGAAUGGAGAACCUGAUGACGAAGUCACCCUACGUGGUGAACCUGCUCUAGUCAAGAAGCUUCAAAAGGAGCUGGACAAAAUUGUCGCUGAGCUCCGGGAUCGUGUCGUGCUUGGUGUUGAUAUUCCUGCCCAGCACCAUCGUGUGCUGAUAGGACGCGGUGGUCAGCAUCUCAACGAGCUGCAAGAUCGUCACCAUGUAACUGUCCAAUUCCCUGGAAGUCGAUCUUACUACCAGAUCGGAGAGCCUGAGAACGUAGACGAACUUGCAAACGCGCCUCCAGAGAACAUCGUCAGGGUCUCAGGUUCCCGUAGUGCUUGUGAAAAGGCGAUCAAGGAGAUGAGCGACCGACCGGCACCUCAGGAGCAGGUUUCCACCACAAUCACGGUUCCUCUACGCUACGUGCACUCGAUCAGCCAACAGGGCACCUUUUUCCGUUCUCUGCGACAGGUUGGUGUACAAGUUGACCAAUCUCAGCAACCAAGCAAAGCUGCGUCAACCCCUCGCCCGCCACCUCCUUCGGGCGGCGCUACUCGAAUUGACGAGGAACCUGCGGAGGAGGCUGUACAAUGGCAGGUCGUUGAGAACCACCAAGAUGGAGAGGAAGGUGACUCUGAGUGGACUCUGCGCGGUCGGGACCAGGCGGCACUUGACAAAGCGCAGGCGAUGAUUGAAGAGGCCAUUGCCCAGGCUCAAAGUGCUUCGCACGUUGGGUUCCUCACUCUUUCUGAUCGAUCCGCUUUCCCUCGUAUUGUUGGGACCAAGGGAGCCAAUGUGUCUCGUCUUCGCAACGAAACUGGUGCUGAGAUCACCGUAGGUCGAGAGGACAAUACGAUUGUGAUCAUAGGAUCAGAAAGUGUAAUUGAACACGCCAAAUCCAAGAUUCUGGACAUUGUGAACAACUCCGCUCGUCCGCGAGGCGGUCGUUCUCGAGACGAGGACUAA